UUGUUCUUGAAACACCCUUGAAAGUGAUAUGGGAAACUACUCAUAAAAGCAUUGAACCAGUUGUAGGAAGCCAAGACCCUCUCAUAUAGAGAUAUGUCUUCAAAAGGCUAAACUGAGCUAAUGAUGAUGGAAACGUGAUGAAUGAGGGGCUGGUGGACUCAUACAAUGAGAAGCAAAUCUUAAACAACAAAUUAAAGGAAAGGCAUUGGAGAUCAGGGCGUCGGCUCUAAGGAGUUCAAAUUAACGAAACUUAAGACGAGCCUUGAGAUCCUGUGGAUCGGAUGUAGCCUUGUGGCCCUUGUCAACGAGGAGAUGGUGGCCGGCCUUAGGAAUAUACACGUCCAUAACAUUGCUUGCAUGGCCAAACUAAAAAAAUAUGGGGUGAAAUCAAUAAACCCACACGACUUGCUAGAAAGGAGUUUUGUAGGGCUGCUGCACAUAUUCUUAUAGGAGGGGACUAGAAUUUGUCACAAGAGAUCAAAGAUCAAUGUGGAAGCAACGUUUCAAAAUGAGGGGAGCUUCUUGUGCGCAGUGAACUGAGCGAAAGUCUAACUUGUGUAUAUUGAUGAAUUGAGUCACAAUGAUUUAUCCUCCACAAACUGUCAGUUCAUCGUUAAAAAGUGUGGGUUAGUAGAUUCUUGAUUGAACAGUGAUGGAAGCUCGUUGGGUAACUUUGAAAUCCACCGCUCAUUUGCCAAGAGAGAGCAAGUUUUGGGGGAAUAGAAUGGGGAGAAGUCCAAACAGUUUGAGAGUUGAAAGAAAGGAAUGGAAGAUCAAACUCCCCGGGGUUGCUUUCUCUGCUCUCACUACAGAACAUGGCAAUGAUGCUCUUGCUGUGGAACUGGAAGCACCUAGACCCCGGGCGAACUCUAAAAAUGUGGCUGCAAUCAUACUGGGAGGCGGCGCAGGCUCCCAACUUUUCCCUCUUACUCGCAGAGCUGCAACCCCUGCUAUCCCAGUUGGGGGAUGCUAUAGGAUGAUAGACAUCCCGAUGAGCAACUGCAUCAACAGUGGAAUUAGCAAGGUGUUUGUGCUGACACAGUUCAAUUCCGCUUCUCUUAAUCGCCACAUUGCUCGCACCUACUUUGGCAAUGGUGUGAGCUUCGGUGAUGGGUUUUUUGAGGUGUUGGCAGCUACCCAGACACCAGGGGAAGCGGGAAAGAAAUGGUUUCAAGGAACUGCAGAUGCUGUUAGGAAAUUUACGUGGGUAUUUGAGGAUGUGAAGAACAAGGAUAUAGAUAAUAUACUUAUCCUGUCUGGGGAUCAGCUUUACAGGAUGGACUACAUGAACCUGGUGCAGAAUCACAUUGACUGCAAUUCUGAUAUUACUAUUUCUUGUGUGCCAACCAAUGAAAGUCGAGCUCCCAACUUCGGGCUGGUGAAAAUGGACCAUAGCGGCCGAGUUGUCCAGUUUGUCGAGAAACCUAAAGGCAUUGAUCUAAAAGAAAUGCAAAUGGAUACCACUCUUUUGGGGUUGUCUUCAGAAGAAGCCAGGAGAAACCCUUUCAUUGCUUCAAUGGGGAUUUAUGUAUUUAGGACAGAGCUUCUCUUGAAUCUUCUUGGAUGGAAAUAUCCCGCAUUCAAUGACUUCGGGUCAGAAAUCAUCCCCGCAACUCUGACAGACCACCGCAUUCAAGCUUACAUUUUCAGAGACUACUGGGAGGACAUUGGAACAAUCAAAUCUUUCUAUGAUGCAAACUUAGCCCUUACAGAACAGUCUCCGAAGUUCGAAUUUUAUGAUCCGAAGACACCUAUCUACACAUCUCCUCGGUUCCUACCACCCAGCAAAAUCGAUCGCUGCAAGAUAAAGGAUGCAAUAAUAUCACACGGGUGUUUUUUGCGGGACUGCACUGUCGAACACUCCAUAGUUGGUGAACGGUCCCGAUUAGAUUCUGGUGUUGAACUAAAGGAUACUUUGAUGAUGGGAGCAGAUAACUAUGAAACCGAAUCUGAAAUAGCUCUUCUUCUGGCAGGUGGAAAAGUGUCUAUGGGCAUAGGACAAAACACAAAAAUUAGGAACUGCAUUAUUGACAAGAACGUAAGGGUCGGGAAAAAUGUUGUUAUCACGAACAAAGAUGGUGUUGAAGAAGCGGCCCGGCCAGAGGAGGGGUUCUAUAUCAGGUCAGGGAUUGUCGUUAUAAUGGAGAACGCAACUAUCAGUGAUGGAACAGUCAUAUAGUCUAGACGAGAUAAUGCAUGCUUGGAAAUCAUGUUUCAACUAGGGAUUGAUUAUCAGUAGUUUUUCAUUACCCAGAGAAACAUUUUAUUUACUGCGUGCAGUAUUUGUGUUAUAAUACCUUAGUUUCUUGCUUUGAUGUUUCAUGGUAAGUAUUCAUCAGUGGAAUGUUUAAUGUUGUUGUCGAUAUGAAUUCCAUCAGAUUUGAAACAUAUCUCCAUUGCAUUGUGAAUAGUGUGAAUUGAUUCAUAUAUAUAGUAAUGGUAGAGUCAUUUUAAA